CACUUCCAAAACUUCGCUUGCGUAUAUUUUGCCCAUUUGCCCCAUGUGUCCCAUGUGUCCCAUGUGUCCCACCGGCAUGCUGAUGAAACCCACAUCACAGAAGUAACUUUUCCGUCGACACAAACAUAUGUUGCGUUUGUGGGAGCCACGAGGAACAAACAUGACUGGGUGAAGGCUAAGGAGCAGGAGCUUGCUUCGUGGCUUGUCUGUCUGGCCUGCUUGUUGUUCGAUGGCAGAUGAGGUCGUGCGGGUGGUGGUCUGGCUCAUUUUCCGCGUCGUCACUGGAACACAAGACCUCCAUCCAACACCCAAGCCAGGAAGCAAGCCCUCCAACCCAUAAGCCGCCAUCAACGCACCAUGCCACCCAAGUCACGCUCCUCGCGCAAGCGCAACAAGUUGCCAAAGAAGCCGAUGAAGGAACGGCUGGAAGUCGCCCACCUUCUCGCCCACCAAGAGGAACUGCCACCGGAAGAACCUCAGCAACAGCAGCAACAGCAGCAACAGCAGCAACCGCAGCAACAGCAGCAACCUCUGGUUGAGCUUGGAGGGCACCCCGAGAAGCCAGACGAUAGCGACGACGAGAAAAAGAAGAAGCAGGAAGAAAGGGAGAAGGAAAAGGAGUUCUUGCGGCGCCUGUUACAAGCGCUGACGAACACGCCGAGAGGUGUCAUCGCCAAGAAGGCCAAGGCAGAUCUCCAACGGCUGAUAACACAGCUCCGCAAGGACCUUCCAUCACCUGACCAGAAGCAGGACGAAGGCGACUUCACAGUACUCUCGCUGACUCCCGAGAAGAAAGAGACGCGCUGGCAGCGGUUUUCGUCGACCAUUUGCUGCAAACAGAAGCAAGAUGACGACCAGCAAUACAACGUGCACCCCGUCAGGCGAGCAGUCAACCUGUGGUUCAAACACAAGAGAUGCGCUCUAAUCAUGGCGGUCAUCACGCUUGUGCUGACCAUCCUCUUGUGCAUGGCCAUGGUCGGCAUGGGCUGCUACGUUACCUUCACCUUCGAGCCGUCGGAGGACACCCCGACCACAACAUCCGCAACAACAACAGCAUCCCCGCCCACCACCACCACCUCAACCAACACCACUACCGCAACGACUGUCGGUCCAACUACGUCAACAAACAUCUCAACGACUACGACAACAACAACGGAACUGGUGGACGAGCGCCACAAACUCGCCGAGGACUUCCUCGCCUUCUCCUCCAUCAUUGGCAGCCUUGGCCUGCUGGCUGCGGGUCUUCUCUGGGGCGCAUAUCCUGCGCCAACAACAGACGACGAUGACGACGACGAGGAAGCAAACGGCCACGGCACUAGCAGCGGCGGCGGCGGCAGUGGUGGUGGAGGUGAUGGCGCUGAUGAAGGCGAAGGCAGUGCAGCCCAGCCCUCCAGCGGUGGUGGCGGUGGUGUUGGCGGCGGCCAACGGGGCGCACUCGUUCGGCUUGUGACGUGGCUGUUCGGAUGAGUCGUGUGGUUUUGUCCUUUGCUGAUGCCCCUGUAUCAGCAUUGUGGUGUUUGCUGCUUGCGCAUUGCCUGUUCGCUUGCUUGUGUGCUUUGUGUAAUGUGACUGUUUUCAACAACCUGCCCUUCAACACUCCUGUCAACACGCCAGCUCAUUUAUUCGUGUGAACUGGACAGUUGCAACAAACGUAAAAACACAAACGAACACCA